GCAAUGAGGAAGAAGUUGCUUAAUUUUCGGAGUAUUAGUAGCCUAUUAAUCGGGUGUUUUACAGUUUAUGUCGUCUGGAGUUUAAGAGGUAAACUGUUUAAAGGUGUUUUAACCUUUCGUGUUUUGUUUUUCUUCCAAACCUAACACCGUAUCCUCCUCGGUCUGUACCUUCCAGUGUUUGAGUUACCGGUGUAUCGGUGUAAUGAGUGACCAUGUAAACUGGUGACUUUCAGUCAAACGCGUCUGUGGUUGUCGUGGUUACGGCAGCUGUUAAAAAUGGAGAAAGUCACCGCAAAUGCCUCUUUGUUUGAUUUUAAUAUCUGUUUCCUGCACCUGCUGUAACCACGACACCCACAGACGUAUACGGCUGAAAUUCUCCACUUAACACGGUCACUGGUUGAACCGUAACACCUGUAAACGCUGAUAACGUUAGACUACUUGUAGUCAAAGUGUGUGUGAGAGUAUUUACAGCGGUGUUUAAUCUGCAGAGAGGAUGUCUGAGCGGACUCUGGAGUAUUUCUUCAGUCGGGGGAGGAUUGAGAGGAGAGACGCUGCAGAGGUCAGCUGGUCUCACGCUGUGAACAACAGGAGCAGACUGACCGAGGCUCUGACAGGUCCCACGCACAUGCUCGAGGCCGACAUCAUCAUGAGAGGUCGAGACCCCCGGGAGCCAAUCAUGGCUCAUCCUCCUGCUACAGACAGUGACAUCACACUGAGGGAGUGGCUCCAAGCAGUGAAGGAGCACGAUAUAGGAAUAAAACUGGAUUUUAAGAGCCUGGAGGCGCUGUCUCCCUCCGUGCUCCUGCUGCAGGAGGUGCUGUCUGAGCCGGGCCGUCCUGUGUGGAUUAAUGCAGAUAUUCUCCCUGGUCCUGGAGGACGAGCCACACCUCUGCAGCCUCAGUCGUUCCUCUCUGCUGUGAGGACUCUGCCUGCUCACACUGUUCUCUCUCUGGGCUGGACCACCGGAUGGACCGCUGGGACCGAGAACCCAGGUUACAGCUGGGACAUGGUGCAUGCGAUGGAGGAAGUCUGUAAGAAUCUUAAACAUCCCGUCACCUUCCCGGUGCGAGCUGCGCUGAUGGCCCAGUCUGCCCCCCAGCUCACCUGGCUGCUGCAGCAGACGGACAGGUACUCGCUCACAGUGUGGACCGGUCAGGAUGAUGAGUUUACACUUCAGGACCUCCUGCUCUACAGGAAACAGUUUGACAUCGGCAGGAUUUAUUUCGACCUGCCGGAGUCACAGAGAACUGAGCUCAGUCUGACGCGCCGAGACAAUAACUGAAAGUUAAUUUAAAACACACUGAGGAGUUUUCAGGAUGUGGUCACUAGACUCUGAAAGCAGACUGAUGCUGGAGAGGGAAAGGUGGAACUGUCCUUUGAGGCCGCUGAUGAGGAGCCGAGAGAGGGGGAGGUAGUCAGGUCCUUGAUGGGAAGAAGAGUGGGUAGAUUCCACCACCGCUGCCCAACACAGACGGAGCAAACUUUGAGCCUUAAUCCUCGGGAAGACGUUCUGGGGUGGAUUGUGUUACAAAUGCAUUUUGAUUAAGACUGUCUGGUAAUCUUUGUCAGUUGGGAAGGUAAGACUGUAAUCAGGGACUUCAGAGGACUGUAACACUGUGAUUAUUUACUGCCCAAUUUGAGGACAUUUUAUAAUAUUUUGUAUUGAAUGUUAUAUCUAUAUAUUCUGCUUAAUGUCUUUUUUCUUUGUUCCAUUUCAUCUUGUAAAUGUAAUCCCUAUUUACAUGUCUCAUUUUGCUCAGUGUCUUGUCUUUUAUUGUUGUAGUUGUAGCUGUUUU